CCUCUGGAAUGAGAAGGCGGUAGCCGGCGAGCCGGCGAGCGGACAGCAGGGCGGGCCGACGGUGAGCGCGGCCUGCUCUCUCCGAGGAGGAAAGAGGAGGUCGUGUUCCCGGUCUCCGGGAUCCCCCAGCCCCGCAGCCUGCCCCGCCGGCGAAGGAAAAGCUGAGGAGCCGCCGCCGCCCGGCGCCGCCGCCGCCGCCAUGGCUGCCAUGAUGGGUCGGAAGUGAGCCUGCGGGCGACGGUGCCGGCGCGGGCGCUGCAGCCCCGGUCCCGGCCGCUCCGCCGGGGAAGCGCGACGCCGCGGACCGCGGGCCCUCUGCCUUCGCGACCCCAGCCCCUCGGCUCGGCCCGUUUCCUUCAAGACUAAGCGGCGGGGAGUGGCUCCCGGCCUCCGACCCCGGCAGCCAGGAAGAUGGCGGACCCGGCCGAGUGCAACAUCAAAGUGAUGUGUCGCUUCAGACCGCUGAACGAGUCCGAGGUGAACCGCGGCGACAAGUACAUCGUCAAGUUUCAGGGAGAAGACACGAUCAUGAUCGCGUCCAAGCCUUAUGCAUUUGACCGGGUGUUCCAGUCAAACACAUCUCAAGAGCAAGUGUAUAAUGACUGUGCAAAGAAGAUUGUUAAAGAUGUGCUUGAGGGGUACAAUGGAACCAUAUUUGCAUAUGGACAGACCUCCUCCGGGAAGACACACACAAUGGAGGGUAAACUUCAUGAUCCAGAAGGCAUGGGAAUUAUUCCAAGAAUAGUGCAAGAUAUUUUUAAUUAUAUUUACUCCAUGGAUGAAAAUUUGGAAUUUCAUAUUAAGGUUUCAUAUUUUGAAAUUUAUUUGGACAAAAUAAGGGACCUGUUAGAUGUUUCAAAGACCAAUCUUUCAGUUCAUGAAGAUAAAAACCGAGUUCCCUAUGUAAAGGGGUGUACAGAGCGUUUCGUAUGUAGUCCAGAUGAAGUUAUGGACACCAUAGAUGAAGGAAAAUCCAACAGACACGUAGCGGUUACAAAUAUGAAUGAACAUAGCUCUAGGAGUCACAGUAUAUUUCUUAUUAAUGUAAAACAAGAGAACACGCAAACGGAACAAAAGCUGAGUGGAAAACUUUAUCUGGUUGAUUUAGCUGGUAGUGAAAAGGUUAGUAAAACUGGAGCUGAAGGUGCUGUGCUGGAUGAAGCUAAGAACAUCAACAAGUCCCUUUCUGCUCUUGGAAAUGUCAUUUCUGCUUUGGCUGAGGGUAGUACAUAUGUUCCAUAUCGAGAUAGUAAAAUGACAAGAAUCCUUCAAGAUUCAUUAGGUGGGAACUGUAGAACCACUAUUGUAAUUUGCUGCUCUCCAUCAUCGUACAAUGAAUCUGAAACAAAAUCUACACUCCUGUUUGGUCAGAGGGCCAAAACAAUUAAGAACACAGUUUGUGUCAAUGUAGAGUUAACUGCAGAACAGUGGAAAAAGAAGUAUGAAAGAGAAAAAGAAAAAAAUAAGACCCUGCGGAACACCAUUCAGUGGCUUGAAAAUGAACUCAACCGAUGGCGUAAUGGAGAGACAGUGCCUAUUGAUGAACAGUUUGACAAAGAGAAAGCCAACUUGGAAGCUUUUGCAGUGGAUAAGGAUAUUACUAUUACCAAUGAUAAACCAGCAGCCACAAUUGGAGUUACUGGAAACUUUACUGAUUCUGAAAGAAGAAAGUGUGAAGAAGAAAUUGCUAAGUUGUACAAACAACUUGAUGACAAGGAUGAAGAAAUUAAUCAACAGAGCCAAUUGGUAGAGAAACUGAAGACACAAAUGUUGGAUCAGGAAGAGCUUCUGGCAUCUACCAGAAGGGAUCAAGAUAAUAUGCAGGCUGAGCUGAAUCGUCUUCAGGCAGAAAACGAUGCCUCUAAAGAAGAAGUAAAGGAAGUUUUACAAGCCUUAGAGGAACUUGCUGUCAACUAUGAUCAGAAGUCUCAGGAAGUUGAAGACAAAACUAAGGAGUAUGAAUUACUUAGUGACGAGCUGAAUCAGAAGUCGGCAAGUUUAGCAAGUAUAGAUGCUGAGCUUCAGAAACUUAAGGAAAUGACCAACCACCAGAAAAAGCGAGCAGCAGAGAUGAUGGCAUCUUUACUAAAAGACCUGGCAGAAAUUGGGAUUGCUGUAGGAAACAACGACGUGAAGCAGCCUGAGGGAACUGGCAUGAUAGAUGAAGAGUUCACUGUUGCAAGGCUCUACAUUAGCAAAAUGAAGUCAGAAGUGAAAACCAUGGUGAAGCGCUGCAAACAGCUAGAAAGCACACAAACUGAGAGCAACAAAAAAAUGGAAGAAAAUGAAAAGGAGUUAGCAGCAUGCCAGCUUCGUAUCUCUCAACAUGAAGCCAAAAUCAGAUCAUUGACUGAAUACCUUCAAAAUGUGGAGCAAAAGAAAAGACAGCUGGAGGAGUCUGUGGAUUCCCUCAGUGAAGAACUCGUCCAGCUUCGAGCACAAGAGAAAGUGCAUGAAAUGGAAAAGGAGCACUUGAAUAAAGUUCAGACUGCAAAUGAAGUUAAGCAAGCUGUUGAACAGCAGAUCCAAAGCCACAGAGAAACGCAUCAAAAACAAAUUAGUAGUUUGAGAGAUGAAGUCGAGGCAAAAGAAAAACUUAUCACUGAUCUUCAAGACCAGAACCAGAAGAUGGCAUUGGAGCAGGGGCGCCUGAGAGCGGAGCACGAGAAGCUGAAAGCCGCAGAGCAGGACAAGAGCAGAAAGCUACGGGAACUUACGGUUAUGCAAGAUAGACGAGAACAAGCGAGACAAGACCUGAAGGGUUUGGAAGAGACGGUGGCGAAGGAACUUCAGACGUUACACAACCUGCGGAAGCUCUUUGUUCAGGACCUGGCCACCAGGGUUAAAAAGAGCGCCGAGGUUGAUUCGGACGACACCGGAGGCAGUGCCGCUCAGAAGCAGAAAAUCUCCUUUCUUGAGAAUAAUCUUGAACAACUCACCAAAGUCCACAAACAGCUGGUACGUGAUAACGCAGAUCUUCGCUGUGAGCUUCCUAAGCUGGAAAAGCGACUCAGAGCUACAGCUGAGAGAGUGAAAGCUUUGGAGUCGGCGCUGAAAGAGGCCAAAGAAAAUGCAUCUCGCGAUCGCAAACGCUAUCAGCAGGAAGUAGAUCGUAUAAAGGAAGCAGUCAGGUCAAAGAAUAUGGCCAGAAGAGGGCAUUCUGCACAAAUUGCUAAACCUAUUCGUCCUGGGCAACAUCCAGCAGCUUCUCCGGCUCAUCCCAGUGCAGUUCGUGGGGGAGGUGCAUCUGUGCAGAACGGCCCGCCGGCCGUGCGUGGCGGAGGAGGUGUUAAAAGUAAUUGAAGUAUGAAGAGGACAUUAUAUCAAUGACUAUAGCCUGUAUCCCUUGGGAACUUUAGAAUUAUUACCUUUUUUUAGUGUAUAAAUUGUACCUGGCCUGUACAGCUGUUUCCUGCCCUCUCUUCUCGUAAACUCUGCUGCUUCCCAACACAACUAGAGUGCAAUUUUGGUGUCUUAGAAGGGAAAAACGACAGUUUACAACUGUGGCCCUAUUUAUUACACAGUUUGUCUUUCAUGUCUUAAAUUUAGUCUUCACUGUGCCAACCUAACUGUGUCAUACAGGACUGUGCUUUUUGUACUUGUUUUUUUGUGUUUAUUUUUUAAUCUCAGUUUAAGUUACCUAGCUGCUACUGCUUGUUGUUUUUCUUUUCUUACUAAAACAAUAUUUUAGGGGAAAUGGAACCUUUAGAUUAAAUGUCUUAAAUUUUACCACUUAUAACACUACAUGCCCACAAAUUAUAUCAGGUCAGUACUGUACUUUAAAAUCCCUUGAAAUGACUUCGGAGUUAAAAAUUAUUUGUAUCAUCUCUGAAGUUUGCUUCUGAAAACUACUCUUUGAGCACUGUAACCUUUAAAACUGCCUAACUAGACAUUUGAGACUGAGCAAGGCUACUUAAUUAUCUCAUGAAAUGACUGUUGUUGAAUUAUCUUGAAUAGAAAUACUGUACAAUAUCAAAAGCAAAUCUUUUGCUUUUGUUUAAGAAGGAGAGUUUGGAAAAGGAAUUUAUUUCUGUUCUUCCCAGUGCUUUAAUCCACAUAGAUUGAUGGAAUGAAAACACCGUGCUCUGUUUUGGUGAGCCCACUAAUUAAUAUAAGAAUUGGACGGAUAAUGAUUUGUCAUCUUAAUAUAGUGAAGUGAACUAAGAUACUUAUAGGAUUAAACAUAAUGUUAUAUUGUUAGUACCGUAUUGGUUGAUCUAAAUUUAUAGCCUAUGGAAAUUGAGAAAAAAUGUGGAAGGACAAGACAAAUAUAUGGUAAACUUAUAAAUACAUAGGUUAAAUUUUGGUCUGAAAUCCCUGAGGUUUUUUACCUGGUACACUAAGUCAUACACUAUAAUUUAUUUCUUGUUUAGUCUAGAAGUAGUAAAUUAUUUGCAAGUCACUAACAAUCCUCAAAUAAAUUAUUUUGUUGGCGGUAGCUGGUAAUUUUGUUGUUAAGUGUACCUGUUCUUCUUCCUCAGAUGAUUAAACUAAGUCAGCAGUUUGUUUUAGAAGCU